GGGGCCACCAUUUUUGGUUUUAAUGAUGGAUGCAUGCACUUCUUCCUGAAUUCCCCCCCCCCCUCCCCCUUAAUUUCUUUGCUCAAGUCCACUGCUCCCAACCUCUCUCCCACGCGAUCACCUUCACCAAAUUCCAAAAGGCCGAACACACCUUGUUUAACAUAUAUGCCGAGUAUACUAACCAAGUCUCAAAGAAAUUGUAACAUGUUGGAUAACACUACUGUUCCAGUGUUUCGAUCUUCUUCCUAUGAUCAUCUCAAUGGGGUCACUCAGAAAAGAAAAAGAAGGCCUGCUGGUACCCCAGAUUCGGAUGUAGAGGUGGUUGCUUUAUCACCAAAAACGCUGUUGGAAUCAGACAGGUAUGUGUGUGACAUCUGCAACCAAGGGUUGCAAAGAGACCAGAACCUUCAAAUGCACAGGAGAAGGCACAAGGUUCCAUUGAAGCUGCUAAAAAGGGAAGAAACACGAGAGGUGAAGAAGAGGGUUUACGUUUGCCCAGAGUCGAGCUGCUUGCACCAUGAGCCUUGCCAUGCCUUGGGAGAUCUGGUUGGCAUCAAGAAACAUUUCAGGAGGAAGCACAGCAAUCAGAAGAGACGGGUUUGCCAAAAAUGUGCCAAGGGGUGGAGAGUUUCAUUGAACACGAAGAUGCUUGCAUCGGUCGCGCACUAGGUGUUCAACCCGAAUUGCAGGCGCUGCACUGGAGCUGCCAAGUGCAUUAUCUGACGAUGGAGGGAAAGCUUA